CGGGCUUUCAGUGGCUCAGUAAUUAUUACAGUCAGGCGACGACACUUAUUGAUUUGCCUCAUGAUGUGACAAACGCUGGUGAUCUAGACUCCCUGCGCAGGAGUCGCUUACAGUGCAUAGUGUUAUGCUGACUACUGCCUUAGUAAUGGAUGGCCAAAUUAAAGAUACGCAGGUGGUGGCCGCCGGCGACAAAGGCGUCUACACUAUACACGGGGACCUCAAAACGUAAAAAUAGAACACCGAUUCAAAUAAAACCCCUCGAUCAAAAUGGUAGUGGUGAUAAGGUCAGAAAAAAGUCACGGUUCUCAAAAUAUCAACCCACUGUCGUACAUUAUGUUACAUUAAUUAUAAUUGGUAUAAUAUCUUGGGGUCUGCUAUGUUGCGCAUUCGGCGAGGAAUGGUUCUGGCAAGGGAAGUGGUUCCGCCUGGUAGCCGUGGCAGUAGUGGCAUGGGGCAGCGGGCUGCUGCUUCAGGAGGCUACCACGCUGCCGCCGCUCCUGGCAGCGCUCAUCACGGGCAUGCUGGCACGACAUUUUGGGUUCCUGGAUAUGCACGAUCAUAUGCAUAUUGACUCGUUCUUAAGGAAAAUUUACCCUGUCAUAAUAUUGGGUAAAGGCUCGCUGGCGUGGGACUAUAACUACAUCAGGGUUAAUUGGCGACAAGUUAUGCUAUUAGGCGGCGCGCCCUGGACCGCCGAGGUGGUGGUGCUGGCGACCUGCACGCACUUACUGCUGGGUUUCCCCUGGAUGUGGGGUUUCCUGCUCGGUUCGGUGUACGCGUCCGUGUCAUGUCCCGUCAUCAUGCCGCUGGUCCAGAAGCACGGGCAGAGAGCGCGGAACCCGGUGAACUGGGCGCAGCUCGUCUGCACAGCCGGCGGCCUGGACACGGCCCUCAGUGUGGGCAUAUACGGGGUCCUAUUCAGCUUCAUGUUCUACGAAACGCACGAUACAUACCGGUAUGCAAAAGCGUGCCUGGCGCUGGUGGCUGGCGUGACGCUGGGCGUGUGCUGGGGCGGGCUGGCGCGCCUCGUGCCGGGCCCCGCGGACCGCUACGUCGCGGAGCUGCGCGUGCUGUUCGUGCUGCUCGGCGGACUGCUGGCUAACUUCUUCACCUCCGUUGUCGGCUGGGGUGGGACAGGUGCGGUGGCGGUGCUGGCGUGCAACGCAACCGCCGCCCACCAGUGGGCGAAGACGGGUUGGAAGCUGAACCAGAACCCAGCGGCUGGCGCCUACCGCGUGCUGUGGUCCGUCUGCGAGCCCGUACUCUUCGCAUUCACAGGCUCUUACUUUGUGAUGCGGAACUUUGCGUCGGAGACGAUGCUAAUUGGCCUGGGGAUGCUGGCAGUCGGGCUGGCCGUGCGGCUCGCGAUCGCCGCGCUCAUGUGUUGGAACCUCAACGCCAGGGAGACCAUGUUCGUAUGCUGCACGUGGAUCCCGAAGUCUAUUGUAGAGGCUGUAUUGUGUCCUCUGCCGAUCAUCACCGUGGCGAUGUCCCCCGAGCCCCGCGACCCCCACGAGACGGUUUACGCCAACCAAAUCAUGAUGCUGCUGGUCCAGGCGAUCCUCAUCACCACCCCCGUCGGCUUCCUCCUUACCAACCACCUGGGGCCCCUCCUCCUUGGUCACAAACAAACCGACAAGAAACUAGCCUGCGAAAACGACGCCGAUUUCACCAAAAGGAAAUCCACGGACGAAUCUUUUAGUGAAGUUGUUAGACUAUAGAAUUAAAAGGAGCGAGUACAAUGAACCGUGCAUGGACGAUUUUCGGAAGCUGUAUAGAAUUGAAUUUAGAGGUACCUACAUUGGUCAGUCUGUAUGUCUAGUCUCUGGUAAGACGUACGAUGCAGAUUUUGGUUGUGAUUUGUGAAUAAUAAAGACCAGUACAGUGCACGUUAUAUUAUGUGUUGUUGUAAUG